AUCACCAAGUGUUCUUUGAAACCAAAUAUAUCAAAUAUUAUGGUGGUGUAUCCUCCUAAAUCUUUGUUUCCAGAGCAGGUUGCUGCAAUCCGAGUUCUUCAGCUGGGUAGCAAUUUAGCUUUUUGUCCUUUGGGCAUGUUUGUGCUGUAUUUUUCAGCUUUGUGUGCUGAUGCUGAUCAAGGAAAGAAGUUGCUACAUGCAACCUUGAAUGCACUUGAGAAACUUCUUGAUUCUGAAAAUGCUGAAAGUAGCUCUACAAUUCAAGGCAAGGAUCCAGAAGAAGUAAAACCCUCUAUACUGUGGAGUGCAUUGUAUGUUCAGGAUCUUGUAAUGGGUCAAUAUGCAUCUAUUAGCUCAACUAUAAUGCCAGAUGGAAAUCUGAACUACACUGAUCUUUUGAAGGCUACUGAGAAGAACAUUGGAACACUGAUCCGGGUGACAUUUCUUGUGUUGUAUUUGUGCCUUAUUGCUUUGAUAACUUAAUACUCUUUUAUCAGUCUGUCAUGGUCUAAUUUUUCAAACGAAAUGGAAGUCACAAAAGAUCUUGAUGAGCUACUUUGCAGAUGGUGUGUACUUUUUUGUGUUGGGUGGAGUGAAUAGUUUCUUCUUGACUUGAGGUAAUUUUGAAUCUUUAAAUUAGGGUGUUAAAUAUAGUGGUUUACAUAGAUGUGAGGGUAUUUUUGUGGCUACUAGCAAUUGCAAGUUUGUCAAUCUGUAACAUAGUUCUGUAUUGGUUAGUGACACAGUGCAAUUUAUCUUAUUAGUUUGUCCA